UACACUACACUCACCUCAGCUCACUACUCACUACUCUCACUCUCCGUCAUGGCAACCAACGCCAACACCACCGCCGGUGAAUGCCUUACGGCCUUCUCCGACAACGGAACCGUGGAGAGCUCCCGUUACUUCCACGCCCGCCGGACAGUCCUGGAGAUGCUCCGCGACCGCGGCUACGACGUGCCGGACUCCGAGUUGACUCGCUCCCUUGCCGAGUUCCGCUCGCUCUAUGGCCGAAUUCCCAACGCCGAAACCCUCCGUAUCUCCGUCUCACUUCGCUCUGAUCCCUCCAAAAUGGUACUGGUUGUCUUUAUGGGACCCGUUGAUAUUAUUAAAAAACAAACUCUAAAGAGUAUACAUGACCAGAUUCCAGAUAAAGGAAAAUUGAAUGGACUGCUAGUUAUCGUGCAAAGCAAAAUGACCUCGUAUGCAAAAAGGGAACUGAUGGAAAGUUAUCCAUCUAAAGUUGAGAUUUUUGAGCCAAAGUAUGAGGUAUUGACAGCUGAUGAGAAGCAAGCACUGCUCAUGAAACACAACUUGGAAGAGAAGCAGCUGCCACUCAUGCUAAAAACUGAAGCCAUUGCUCGCUAUCAUGGAUGGGAGAAAGGACAAGUUGUGAAGAUCACUCACACUGGUGGCCUCAUUCAUUCUCUUGUCACUUAUCGCUGUGUGGUGUGAUGCAAAAUUAAAAUCACAAAUGCAAUGCAAAACUAAGUUCAUUGUUAAAUAGUAUUGCAUGUCACCUAAAUAUACAGGCACGCAAAAUUUGUUAUAGAGCAUUUUUUAAAAUAUCGUCAUCA